GCCAAUCAGAACCUGUUCGCCACUGCUCGAGCGUCAUGGCCCGUUGAACCCAGAUGGCCGGGCGCCCUUGGCUGCAUCUCUGUUCGCCUUAUUAGGUACCAUGGCCGCCCGCACUCUCUGUAGGGCAGCGUACCGAUCUGCCCAACUGCCUCGAUGCCCGGAUUAUGCUCUCACAACAUCGUACAGAGAGAUCACAGCACCAACACCAUGGCCACCCUCUUCCGCGACUUCUCCUUUGCUGCGCCUUCGCUGUCGCAGGCCGACCAUGAAGCCGAGCAAGCCCUCAUGAACUGCCCGCCCACGUCAAUCCCCACGACUCCCGAAGUCACAUACGGCAGGCCGCCCACCCCUCCGCCGUGCACAAUGGGCGACCUGGCCCAGCUCCUGGGCGGACAGAAGCUCUGCAUCAGCACAUGGCGGUCGCAGCACACCCCUGCCGGGCCCCCAACUCCGCCCAGCGAGGACGACACAUUCCCUACCGGACACCUGGAUCCUCAGGCCACCCGACCCACCUACUGCCGAGCUUCAGCCUCCAUCAUGCGCAUGCAGCGCCAAGCGAACUCGCGGCUGCAGUGUUGCUCGUCCCAAGCCCGCGACAUCUCACGGCUGGUCCGCAUGAUCCAGGACGAGGAGCAGUGCAACGUCAGCGACACCGAUGCCCGCUCAGCAUCAGCCUCAGCUUCAGUAUCAGCCUCAGCCUCAGUAUCAGCCUCAGCCUCAGUCUCAGCAUCAGCCUCAGCAUCAGCCUCAGCGCCAGCCUCUGUCGCCGCUGGAGACGACGAGGGCAUCGACAUGGACUACGACUGCUCGUUACACGUCACAGAGCCCCUAUUCUCGCGGCCGUGGCAUCGCGCUGGGGACCGACACAACGACAACGUCCGUGUAAACAAGACUGUUCGCUUGCGCAAGCGGUCGAGCGCAGCGCGAGAGACGAAGGAGAGGCGCCGGACCAGAUAGGUCUUGCCUACCAAAAACUGUGAUUUUCAAAGCAUUGCGACGGCGUUGGCAGUACUGUGUGCGGUACGAGCACUUGAGCUCCCGCUGAACAUUCUCUACGGGACAGGAGCGGCUUGAAGGCCCCCAGGCGGAGUGCUCGGGACAGCACGCAUGGUAUCGAACUUUUGGUUAUCUAUGCUCCCUACGGGUCGAGCCUGGCGUUUACUAUCAUCUAUGCACACUACCGAUUGCAAUACCAUCAAUUGCGUAUACACCAAAUGACACAUGUGGC